GGAAACUAUGGGUGGGGAGUCCUCGGAUUUGUGUGUAUUUAUGGUUGUGUCCCUGGGCCCCUUCAACAUAUCCGUGCAGGUGUUUGCUCUUCCGCUUCAGCCUUCCGCCCUCUCUCCUGUUCGUCAUGCGAGGCCAUGGGCCUGACCGAGCCAGACAGGCACGAGGUCAUGAUGAGGGAGCGCCGCACCGAGCUGCGCGACGCGAUCGAGCUGCGGGAGAUCCUCGCAGACGUGGACUCCGACGGCUCGAACACUCUGAGCACCUCCGAGUUCGAGCAGGUGUGCCAGAUCCCUGAGUUCCGGCACUUCCUGAACUCGCGCGGCAUACACAUUAAGGAGGCGGGCACCUUCUUCGCCAUGGUGGCCCAGUCCGUCGGAGCCGGGGCCGACAUCGACAUCGACACGAUGAUCGGCUGUUGCCUGCGUAUCCGAGGCCACGCCACCAGCAUCGACCUGCACACCCUGCGCUUCGAGAUGAGGGCCCUGCUGGCGGAGCAGCGCCAUGCCCUCGACGAGCUGCGGCUCCAGAUGGGCCUGGCCUCCCAGCCACCCACGCCGAAGCUGCCGAAGAUGAUCUCGCCGGUGACGAGAGGCCAAGCGCCAGCGUGAGCAGACCUGAUGCCGCGCCCGCAUGCAUCGCCAGGCGGCAGCACCGAGCGCGCUCAGUGUCCCGCCGCGGUGCCGUGCCAGCCCGGGCUCUGGGUGGACUCUACUUAUUGAGUCGGCGUAAUGGAAUUGGGGGGAACGGGCGCCUGAAUCCGCUCGACCUGGGCCCCUGCUCUACCUGUGCAGACCAGAGGUGCCUAGCCCCUGCUUUUUGUUGUUCUCCGUUGCUUGCUGGCAGCGCCUGUCUGCCGCGGCGUGUAGACGGGCGUCAAAAUCAUCAUUCCUAUUCCCAUUCCCAUUCCCAUUCCCAUUCCCAUUCCCUCCUCCUCCUCCUCCUCCUCCUCCUCCUCCUCUUCCUCCUGCUCCUGCUCGGGCCUCGUUGCUCCUCCUGCGCCUUGGCCGCUGGCCCCGAGCGGACCUCUCCGCGCUCCGGGGAGGGUGGCAUGCACAGCUCGGUCGCCUGCGGCGCUGCGGACCGUGGCCGCCUUGGCGGGCGCCCUGGCGGCCACCGUCGAUUGCGUCCCUCAGUGCCCCCGAACAAAAUCACACGCCCCGGCCCCAUCAGUAGCUGGCUGUAGACAGGCAAGAUGCGCUGGUUGGACAGGAGCUGGCGGCAGGCAACAAGAGCCGUAGGCACACGCGCGUGGCAGGGAUUGAGGCUGAGACUCUACUUGGCCAGAACAAGAGGUGCAGGCACGAGGUGGGGAGAAAGACAGCGGCGCAUGCGGGACAGGCAAGAGGUGA